UGGGGAGACCCUUGGGUCUGGCUGCCUCGGGGUGCUGCUGCACCCCACAAACCCUCUGUACCCCAACCACCACCCCACGGCUUGCCCAUAAGGACCACUGGAACAUCCCUGAACCCUCCGCUACCCAGGCAGGGGGUGUCAGGGCCCGGCUGGUGCUGGGCAGGGACCCCAUGCCCACCCCCAUGGUGCAAGACCCCAGUGCCCAUUUUCCACCCCACGGGUGUUAGAGCUGGGGCAAGGCUGUGAGGGGGGUGAGAGGGAAGCGCAUCUCUGGGAUCAUCACCCCUCCCGAGCCCGAUGGUCGUUUAAUCCUUCACCAAUUAACUCGAACCAAUAAACCUGGUGGAAGCGAGAGGCUAAAAGGCUGGCAGUGCCUCCUCUGCCACCACUGCUCCCACAGCCUCGCCAUGGCUGCCGGCUUCUUCAUCAGCAAGAGUGUGGGCAUCGUGGCCAUCAUGCUGGGCCUGGGGGCUGUGGCCACCAUCAUUGCCCUCUCAGUGGUGUAUGCCCAGGAGAAGGACAAGCACUUGCACCCCAGCACAGAUGACACCACCACGGCUGCGCCGCCCCCCACCACGGCCGCCCCCAACAACCCCUGGAACCGGUGGAGGCUGCCAGCCACGCUGGUGCCCGAGUACUACCAGGUGACCCUGCAGCCCUUCCUGGCCCCUGACCCCAGCGGCAUGUACAUCUUCAAGGGCAACAGCAGUGUGGUCUUCAUCUGCGUGGAGGAUACCGACCUCAUCCUCAUCCACAGCAACAAGCUGAACUACACCAUGCAGGCGUCCUUCCACGCCUCGCUGGAGGGGGUGGAUGGCUCCAGUGCACCCGCCAUCAAGACAACCUGGCUGGAGACCCCCACCCAGUACCUGGUGGUGCAGCUGGAGGGGCCCUUACGGAAGGGCCAGCGCUACCGACUUGUCAGCAUCUUCACGGGGGAGCUGGCUGACGACCUGGCUGGCUUCUACCGCAGCGAAUAUGUCGAUGGGUCGGGUGUCAAGAGGGUGGUGGCCACCACUCAGAUGCAGGCAGCGGAUGCCCGGAAAGCCUUUCCCUGCUUUGAUGAGCCAGCCAUGAAAGCCAACUUCUCAGUGACACUGAUCCACCCCUCCGACCACGAGGCCAUUUCCAACAUGCCAGUCAAGAGCACCUCACGGCAGGAGAUAGAUGGGCAGAGCUGGAACAUCACCGAGUUCCAAAGAACCCCCAGGAUGUCCACCUACCUGCUGGCCUUCAUCGUCAGCCAGUUCCAACCUGUGCACAGCAUGUCUGGGGACGUGCUGAUUCGCAUCUGGGGCCGCCCUGAGGCCAUUGCCCAGGGCCAGGGUGACUAUGCACUCAAUGUCACCGGCCCCAUCCUCAACUUCUAUGAGAGUCUCUACGACGAAAAGUUCCCGCUCCCCAAGUCUGACCAGGUUGGUCUCCCUGACUUCAAUGCGGGUGCAAUGGAGAACUGGGGUCUGGUGACCUACAGGGAGAACUCUCUGCUUUUUGACCCUUCCUACUCCUCCAUUGGCAACAAGGAGCGGGUGGUGACCGUCAUCAGCCACGAGUUGGCCCACCAGUGGUUCGGGAACCUGGUGACCCUGCGCUGGUGGAAUGACCUGUGGCUGAACGAGGGCUUUGCCUCCUAUGUGGAGUACCUGGGUGCUGACUCGGCGGAGCCCUCCUGGAACAUUAAGGACCUGAUGGUGCUGAACGAGGUGCACGUGGUGAUGGCCACGGACGCCCUGAGCACCUCCCACCCCCUCUCAUUCCGCGAGGAGGAGAUCAACACCCCGGCCCAGAUCAGUGAGGUCUUUGACAGCAUUGCCUACAGCAAGGGAGCCUCGGUGCUGCGGAUGGUCUCUGACUUCCUCAACGAGACAGUCUUCAAGGAUGGGCUGCAGUCAUACCUCCACACCUUCGCCUACAACAACACCAUCUAUGCAGACCUCUGGGUUCAUCUGCAAGAGGCUGUUGAUAAGAGCAACAACACGCUGCCUGAUUCCAUCAGCAACAUCAUGGACCGCUGGACGCUGCAGAUGGGUUACCCCGUGGUGACCGUGGACACCCGCACCGGCACCGCCACCCAGAGCCACUUCCUGCUGGACCCCACCUCCGUGGUGGAGAGACCCUCUGUCUUCAACUACACCUGGAUUGUCCCCAUCACCUGGAUGACACAGGAGAAGGCUCAGGGCAGAUACUGGCUAACCAAAGUCUCAGAAACCACUGACCAGUUCAAGGUGAGUAACACCAGCUGGCUCCUGCUGAACAUCGAUGUCACCGGCUACUUCCGUGUCAACUACAACCAGGAGAACUGGAACCAGCUCCUCAAUCAGCUCUCCACCAACCACCAGGCCAUCCCUGUGAUCAACCGUGCCCAGAUCAUCGAUGAUGCCUUUAACCUGGCCCGGGCCAAGCACAUCAGUGUGACCUUGGCCUUGGACACGACGUUGUUCCUGAGCCGGGAGACAGCCUACAUGCCCUGGCAGGCAGCCCUCAACAACCUCAACUACUUCCGGCUGAUGUUUGACCGCAGUGAGGUCUUCGGGGUGAUGACGAGGUACAUGCAGAAGCAGGUGACGCCACUCCUCAGCCACUACAAGAACAUCACCAACAACUGGCAAAACAUCUCCGGUGGCCUGAUGGACCAGUACAACCAGAUCAAUGCCAUCAGCACAGCCUGCUCCUACAGUGUUCCUGACUGCCUGCAACUCGCUGCCAGCUACUUCAGACAGUGGCAGCAAGAUGCCUCCAAAAACCCGAUCCCCCAGAACCUGCGCUCGGCCAUCUACUGCAGCAUAGUGGCCACUGGUGGGGAGGAGGCCUGGGACUUCCUCUGGGCCAGGUUCAAAGAGGCCAAAGUGGUGUCUGAGGCCGACAAGCUCCGCACCGCGCUCUCCUGCAGCCCCCACCCCUGGAUCCUCAACCGGUACCUGCAGUACAGCCUGGACCCCACCAAGAUCCGCAAGCAGGACGCGACCUCCACCAUCAACAGCAUCGUGGGGAAUGUGGUGGGGCAGCCCCUGGUCUGGGACUUCAUCCGUGCCAACUGGAGGACGCUCUUCAGCCAGUACGGGGGUGGCUCCUUCUCCUUCUCCCGGCUGAUCCUUUCCACCACCCAGCGCUUCUCCACCCAAUUUGAGCUGGAGCAGCUGGAGCAGUUCAAGAAAGACAACCAGGACAUCGGUUUUGGCUCGGGGACACGGGCGCUGGAGCAGGCGCUGGAGAGAACCCGCGCCAACAUCGUGUGGGUGAAGGAGAAUCAAGAGAAGGUGCUGACCUGGUUCAACCGGGCCCUCUCCAACUAACCGGGAGACUCCGGCCCCCGACCACUCUCCUUCCAGCCCUCCCCCCGAGCCAGCUGCCGGGGAGCGUGGGGUGGGCUGUGGGGGGGGGGCUGAGCCCGCCGUCCUGCAGCCGGACCCUCACCCGCUCCCCAGCUCCGCUCGCUCCAUCAUCUCCGGUCCCCAGCCCCAGACGUUCCCUCCUCGUGGCCUUCCCGGGUCCUUCGCUGCUCGGGAGGGGCAGGGGCCGUGCCUGUAUGAUGGGCAGCGAACCGGGGGCGGGGAGCUGAAGAGGGGGUCCCGGCUGCCCUGGGCUGCGGGCUGGGCUCUGCGGGCUUGUGCAAGAUCUGGGGGUGUAAAUAAAAGUUUGCACGUCAGCCCCCAGCUGCA